AUGGCACCUAAAGUAUCACACGCAUACCAGACUCCGAAUCAUGAUAUUUCAAAGUCAAGAGUCCUCAAAUCAGCACUUUUAACUGUAUUAUCGAUAUUUGCCCUUCUCCAAUUAGGAUAUCAUUGUUUAUGGGCUUUCAAAGUUCUUUACAACAAUUCUUAUGGAAAUAGUAUAAAUAACUUGAUAUUUGGUAUAGGAACCUUGAUUGCUAACGCCGGUAUCAGUUUCAAGGCAUUAACAUUUUUGAAUGAAAAAUUGAUAGAUGAUGGUAUUGACGCGGACCAUAAGAAAUAUUUAUAA